ACCGCCUCUCUAUGAGCACAGCUCUUAAUAGGAAAAGACCCCAAGCUAUAAGCCAAAGCUGCUUCCCUCUUCUGUAACUGGAUCUCAAGAUUCACCGGACUAGCGGAGUCUACGCAGAAGAAUCCACCUGUGUAACUGGAUCCUAAGAUUCACCUGACUACUGGAGUCUACGCACGGGUUCAAAUUCCUAAUUCCCUCGAGAAAAACAUAAUGACGAAAAUAAUUGUUCUCCUCCAGUUAUUCACUUUCCAAGUCCUUCUUCAAGCACAUCAGUAUGAAAUCAAUCCCAUCAAAUCAUCCUCCGGAUUAUUAUAUCAUAAUCUUGGUAAGGCACAAAUAUCAAACGAAAAAUAUAUAAUUCUUACAUAUCAUAACUUAACUCAUUUCAAAUAUCAAGUCGUACAAAUAUUAGGUUUUUACUCGAACUCUAUUAAUCUAUGUGAUAUCGCAAUGGCAGAGCAUCUUUCUAAUGACUGUAAAAAUCAAUUAAGUUACGUGAAAACCAAAGUUACAAUAAUUGAGGAAAUUUAUAAAAUUAUAUCUCAUCAAAUUAAUAUGCCAAGAAAGAAACGUGGCUUAUUUAACGGCGUCGGGACGGCUAUUAAAUGGUUAACUGGUAACCCUGAUUCAGAAGACGCUCAAUUUUAUUCAGAUGCAAUAAAUCAAAUAAUAAAUAACGAAAAACAAACUGAUGUUCUUAUGCAGCAACAAGUAUCAAUUCUUUCAUCUACUAUUCCUAAUUUCAAUAAUUCAUUUUAUAAAAUGAAUGAAAACAUAGGAAUCUUAAAUAGGAACUUAAAAGAAUUUAAUCAGUUCUCGAAGGAUCUUAAUAAUAUUCAACAUGCGUAUGAAAUAGAAUCUCAAAUUUCAAAUCAUCUUAUACUGCUCAUUGAAAUGACUGAUGAACUCCUAUUCAAUUUGCAAAAUUACGUGAAUGAUGUUUCACUUAUACAGCAUGGAAUAAUAAAUUAUAGAAUUUUGCCUCCAGAAGCGCUUUAUCGAGAACUUCUGAAAAUCUCUACUAAUAUUUCUCUUCCUAUUCCUUUGAGUAUCGAAAACGUUUAUUACUACUAUAGAAUCAUGAACUUGAAAUCUUUCAUAAAAAAUAGCUUACUAACAAUUGCAUUCGAAAUACCUAUUUCUUCCUCACAAGACCUCGAUCUUUAUCAACUAUUCUCUUUACCACACCCUCAUUCUGAAGAUAAUAGUUUAUUCUCUUAUAUCGAGCCAUCCAAACCCUUCCUACUGAUUUCACCUAUGAGAAGAAAUAAUUUGUUGGCUGAUAAAUUGGAAAAUUGCAUUGAAUACCAUCCGAGACAGUGGAUUUGCAAUCAGAUGCCAACCAUGAAGAAAAUCAAAUAUUAAUGGAAACAACAA